UCGGGCUAUUUGGUCAUCUUUGUCUUGGGAUGAGAUUCCCGCGAUCUACCUGGACAGCGGCCAUGAUUCCACGAGUGUUCGAUGCUGCCCUCGCACUCAGCUGAGUGGAAUCAGCGGCGCCCAAUGGACUCCCACGUGCAAUGAGUUGGACGAAGACGGCCUGAGUUGUCGGGUGGUGUCGCUGCGGGGGCCCGGAGGCGACUCUGCUACGAACACAGCGAGCGGCCUUCGAAGCAAGCAAAGACACAAGUCUUGGAGCGAGCACUCGUUUUCUCCGCGCCCAAGCAGGACGGAGAAACGAACGUAGGCCCGAGAUGGUCUUUGCCUUCGAUUGGCUUUGAGCUGCCGCAACUAACAGUCAGUAGAGUAUUAGUUCGAAACACCUGUAGACGCUAGCAUGUGAUUGAAUGUAGAGGCCCGACGAGACAAAUAUGUUGGCAAAACGUGGGGGACACGGACCUGGACAGUGUGCCGCAGUGUAGUGAGUUUGUGUCGCCAAAACAAAGGACUUCACGCGAGAUCACCCACCAUCAGCCAUACAAGUGCCAUAUCGAACAAUCAUACGUAAAAAGUGCAAUCGCGUUAAGUGACUGUGAUAAAAACCCAUGCCAUAAUGACUCGCCGAAACAUGGAAGAUAUGCCUUUGAAUUCGUCGCCUUCUCUCGAAGCCGACGGGAGUAUGAUGUCUCCUCCUCCACCGCAAGCCUCCCCAGCCGACCGCUCUCCACACCAAGACUCUCCCGAAUCUCCCGCGAUGCUUGCGACCAUGACUCCCGUCAACGUAAUCGAACUCAAGAAGGAGAUGGAGGAGGAAAGUGCCAUGGCAAGGGCCCCGCUUUACGCCCAAGUCAAAACCGAAGUCAUUUCCUACGACAAAGACGAACUCUAUGCUCAACCUCUACCCGACAAAAACGACACCCCUAUUGACCUAAUCUACGAAGAUGGCAACAAAACCGUCAUCUAUACCACCGCUUUCGACCAGAAAAGUCUCGAAAUUUACUCGGCCGAUAACGGGGGGGAAAUCACAAUCAACAAUUUAAGUGCCCAUCAAAUUCACGGGGGGCAAAUCGCGGACGGGUUAAUCGACGGAAAUUCGGCCGCGAUCGCGGGGGGAGAACCCACCGGGAGUCCCCCGGGGACAGUGUCAGUGGUACUUCAAGGAAACCAAGGACUUCUUCAAUAUCCCACUCAAAGUCAAGUGCCCACCGUUUUGGUUCUCUCGGAGAUGACAGAGGACGAGGGGGUGCCCGUUAUUGGACUCAGGAAACGGAGAGAUAAUUUAGAGUCUGACGGCAAUUCGCUUCAUCAAUCUAGCAGUGGCGGAGAGUUACCCGUAGUUGUUCAACGGGGUAUGGCAGAGUUGCCCGAGGGGGCGGCGCCUCCUGAGGACCAGCACCCGUUGACAGCCGCCACAACCGCCAUGUUGAACAUCAGCGGCGGCGCCGAAGACCAGUCCACGGCGAUGGGGCUGAUUUACGAAUAUUACAAAUUUCAGCCGAUUUCCGGAGAAUCCAAAGACAAACUGGCAGAUAUUUGGCCGGCAAGUUCCCAGGCCGGAGGCAUCUUAACGUCGCAACUGAAAGCGACCAAUGGUCUGGUGAGUGGGGCGGGGCUAGAACUGCCGACCCCUCCCCAGUUGAGUUCGCAAGACUGGCAAGGUUUAUUUAUUAACCAACACGUCGGGUACCCGCAGGCCGCCGCCUCUGCCCAGAACUUCCAACUUGUGAAACGCGAACCGGAGGAUUUGAGCCACCACCGGAAGUUGGAGUGCUCCUCGCCCAGUUCUGUCAGUUUGGACGGGUCCAUCAUCAACAGCAAGCAACAGAGGCACAAGGUCGUGCUGGUAUCCUCUGCGGGAGGUCAGCACGGAGACCUGGUGGUGGAUGUGAAUUCAGUGAAGGACGAAAAUAACCCUCGGGGCCUGAACUCGCCCCAGCACGGUUCCCGUAGCGUAAACGCAACGCCGACGUCGCAGCACAGCCACAGCAGCUUGUUGGCCGACGGCUCCAACACGGGACCCAUCGAGUUCAUCUCGGCCUCGGAUGGCAUCAAGCCGGCCAUGUACGCCACACAGAUAUUCGCCGCCAUGACGAAUAACGGUCACGGGGGCAGCGGCACCCCCUCGCCCAUCCCCUACAGCGACCACGUGACCGGCUACACGCAGAGUGGCUCGGGCUACGCCGCCGCCAGCCGCACGGCCACUUCGGCGGCGGCGUUUGUCUCCGAUCCGUACUACCGCGAGUACUUCACGGUCGCCUCCGGAGGCGCCACCCCCGAGCCCGCCUAUUCGGGACAGCUGCGCCAGACCCAGGCCUACAGUGAGGAGGUCGGCGGCGGCACCACCGCCAGUUUCGUCGAGCGAUACGUCCGACAGCCCUACCACAGCAAGGGCGUCAUCGCCGCCGCCACCGCCGCCGGACUCACUGUCGACCUGCCCAGUCCCGACAGCGGCAUCGGCGCCGACGCCAUCACCCCACGCGACCAGAACACCUUGCAACAGAACUACGAGUACCCAGAAAUCUGUCCGAAUCCGAACAUUUUGGACCCUUUGACGAUUUCGCAACGGAACAGUUCGAGUUCGCAAUCUCCUGGAUCUCAGUCGACGAGCCGAAGUCGGCCUUGGCACGAUUUCGGCCGUCAAAACGACGCGGAUAAAAUCCAAAUCCCAAAAAUAUUUUCGCCGGUGGGCUUCAAGUACCAGUUGGAAACGCCGAUUUCGACGUCGCAAAGGCGCGAAGACGACAGGAUCACGUACAUAAACAAAGGCCAAUUUUACGGAAUUACUCUAGACUAUAUCCCAGACCCUGACAAGCAGCUCAAAUCGCAAACAGUAAAGAGCAUUGUAAUGCUGAUGUUCCGAGAAGAGAAAAGCCCCGAAGACGAAAUCAAAGCCUGGCAGUUUUGGCACGGCCGUCAACAUUCCGUUAAACAACGAAUUUUAGAUGCAGAUACGAAAAAUAGCGUGGGUUUAGUUGGUUGUAUAGAAGAAGUAGCACAUAACGCUAUAGCCAUCUAUUGGAAUCCGUUAGAAAGUCCCGCAAAGAUAAACAUAGCAGUGCAAUGUUUAAGUACCGACUUUAGUAGCCAAAAAGGCGUUAAAGGUUUACCUUUACAUUUACAAAUCGACACAUACGAAGACCCCCGAGAUACAAACGUUUACCACCGCGGUUACUGCCAAAUAAAAGUAUUUUGUGAUAAGGGUGCGGAACGCAAAACCCGUGACGAGGAACGAAGAGCAGCAAAACGAAAAAUGACCGCUACUGGUCGAAAAAAACUUGACGAAUUGUACCACCCCAUGUGCGAACGCUCUGAAUUUUACUCAAUGAGCGACUUAACAAAACCCCCUGUGUUGUUCUCCCCCGCCGAAGACAUCGACAAGUUGACGUCGAUGGAAUUACAAGGUUUUUAUCCUCACGACACUGACAAUUCUUUGACGGGUCCAGUUGAUCAUAAAUCUGGCUCGCCGUUCCUCCUGCAUGCCGCCACCAAACCCCCAACCACCCCCACGCUCAAAUUCCACAACCACUUUCCUCCCGACGCCGAUAAGAAAGACAAUAUUUUGGAUAAUAGUUUGACAACUGACGGGAGCGUUUUUUCUCCCCCUUUGAAGAGGACCAAGAUGCUGACGGGGCCAGGUAGUGCGGGGCCGCCACCCCUGCACGAGAGGGUGAUGCUAUACGUGCGCCAGGAAGUGGAUGAUGUCUACACACCCUUGCAUGUUGUGCCGCCUACCACGGCGGGGCUGCUCAAUGCGAUUGAGAAUAAGUACAAAAUAAGCGCUUCGAGCAUAAAUAACUUGUAUCGCAAAAACAAAAAAGGCAUUACGGCCAAGAUUGAUGACGAUAUGGUGGCGUAUUAUUGCAACGAAGACCUUUUUUUGCUCGAGCUUAAGAUCGUGGAAGAAGACCUAUUUGAUAUUACUUUUGUAGAACUCUCUGACCAUUGAAACAAUUGCCAUAUAUUAAAGUAACGUACUCUCCGUUUUUUAUUCAUCUACUUUUGUGAUUGUUUUUAUACAAUGUAAUAUUAGUUACUUAUAGAUUUUUUUAUUGUAGAAUUUUAUAAUUGUUCAUAGUAUUUAGACUCAAUCAUUUUUAUCACUUUUGUUAGUGUGUUGUUUUUAUUUUUCUUAUGAUCUUUUAUUUAUAAAAUAUAAAAUUGAUCAUUAACAUCCAAUGUUCUUUUUUAUUUAUCAAAUAAUAUAAAAAAUGACUCAAUGUAAUAUUGAAAUUUUAUUUACAUGGAUCAAUGUUUAUUUUAUUGUUUUCUUUUUUAGAUGUUUUCUUUGUUAGUAUGUUUUUCCAUCACUAUUUGGUCGAGUUUGACCAAUGAUCUCAAAAUUGAAUCAUGUAAAUGAUCUGAGGGUUGGGAAUAACGAAAUUACUCAUUGUAUAUAGAUUAGAGUUUUAUGACAUGUACAUAGAUCAAGCCAUGACCUAGAAUAGAGACAUUCCUUAUUGUGAUAAGAAUACAUUGUAGCCCAGACAUUCAUAUUGCGAGUAUGAAGAAUUUCGCAAAAAUUAUAAGUACCUGAGUUAUGCUUUAUCAUAGUAUAAUUUUUCGAACAACCUUCCUCAAAAAUCAAAGUUAUUUUGGGUACGAUUAACUGAUUCUUCCAUAAAUUAGGAUGGGAAUAUUUAUAAUCCCAACAUUCCACAUGGUACUGAAUGACUAAAUCAUAGUCGUGUAUAUUUCAAGUAAUUUAUUGCUCGUAUGCAACAAUUGUAGUCUGUUGCAUACAUGUUAUCAUGAUAUUAGGCUAGUUUAGACUUAAGUAAGAUAGCUCUCUACAUGUAGUUUUAUCCAAUGUAAGAGUAUUCUAUAACUAUCAGAAUUAAAUGAUAAGUUAAUGAACAAUGUUAUCAUUUGCAAUAUUAUAUAAGAUUUUUUUAAAUAUGUAUUUCAUUAUAUAAUUAAAAUAUUCUAUAUUAAAACAGUCUUUUUGCA